AGACGGUUUAUUUGGGGAAUGUGCAUCAAAAGAACAUGUAGCUUUGAUUGUUUCAAAUCCGGUCGAUUAUGUUUUGAAGAAAAUAUUAAGCGCUCAGUUAGAACAACUUAAUCGAGAUGGCUAUACCUUGGAAGAUGCUCGAGCGCAAUGUCUUAUUGCAUAUUUCAAAGUGGUUUUAAUGCUAGAACUCAAAUAUGAUCUCAACUUUUGUAAUGUUGUUAAUCCGGAAAAUAUUUGGCGAAUGUUACAGUCAAUAAAAGUGGCACUCGUUAAUGAUGUCACAAAUGUUCGGAGUGUCAACGCAGAUAACGAGUUGGUGAAUAAUUUCAUGCAUCAGCAACAACAGCAACAACGACAACAGAUAGACUCCACAGGUGAUAUAAAAAGCGAUAACAGAGGUAAUAACGUGAACGAUUUCAAUUCGAUUCCCGAAAGAAAUAUGUUGAGUAACAGUAAUAUUUUCGAAUCACUAGCAUGGGAUGCUGAAAAGAAAACAAUUGAUAACGAUAAGAACAUGCUGGCGGUGGAAACUUUCAUGCAAUCGGCGGUCCCAGAUUCUGGUGAGGAGGAAGAAGAACAGUCAUUGAAUUUCGUUGGCCAUCAUGCACCUGUUUUAAAGAAAGAUAUCGAGCAUCUUGGUAAUCAGAAUACAGGCUUGGAAAAAAUAGAGCAUAAAAUAGUGAAAGGGAUGCCAUCAUACCAGAAGGUAGACGGUAAUCGAGUAUAUUUGAAAGUUGCAAAAGAUUUGAAUGGUGACAAGUUGCAUCAUCUGAUCAAUUAUUUGGAUUUCGCAAUUGCAAAACCUAAUCAGCUUAUUUUCGAUGAUUUUCGACUGGACGGUGGUCAGUUAUCAUUUCGAGCCGGUCAAUCAACCGUAACAUUUCCACAAAACGAGAAACGUCUAGAUUCGGUGGGAGGCAUCGCAGAAGAUGUUUAUAAACGACGAAAAGACAUCCAAACAAUUUCUGGAGUACAUGUUGACGAAACCGGUAUUGGAAGUGGAGAAGAAGCGGUACCGGUUGAAAGUGAGACCCGAGAUCGUUUCUUUACACCGAUACUUGCUGUAAGUGCAUUUACACUAGUGCUGUUGGUAGCGAUAAUGGCGAUUCAUCAGAUAAGGGAAUAUCGUAGGAAGAGACGUAAAUCUAACAAUCGAGAGCUUGAAUCGCAAGAGUAUGGUGAAAAGGCAUUGCUUGCUUAUCAGGAUUUAUGUCGGUAUCAGAUGGCUUUACAUGAACCGGCAAUCAUCGCUGACGUUCAUACUAAUCAUUCCAGUACAGCAUCCUGGGUCGAAGAACCGGUUGGUCAGUCUAGCCUCGACAUAUCAACCGGUCAUGUUAUCUUGUCAUUCCUUCGUGACUAUUUGAAUGACAAAUCAAAAAUUGAAGAACAGUGGAAAACACUGAAUGAAUACACAAAUUCAAAUGGGAUAUCAUCAAUUGCGAGAGAAGAAGGAAAUCUCAACAAAAAUCGAAAUCCAUCUUGUCUUCCAUAUGACGAUACACUGGUCAGUAUUUGUAACGUAGUAAAUGAUUCAACAUACAUCAAUGCAUCAGCAAUUCAUGACUGCGAUCCGAAACAAGCUAAUUACAUCGCCACACAAUCACCACUUCCAGAAACCAUUGCCGAUUUCUGGCAAAUGAUUUGGGAACAAGCUACUGUGCUGAUUGUGAACCUAGCAAACAACAAUGACCAAGAAGAAGGACAAUGCCUCAAAUAUUGGCCUGAAAGUGGUUCACAAAUAUAUGGAUCUUUCGAAAUUCAUUUGGUAUCGGAGCACAUUUGGAGCGAAGACUAUUUAGUGCGAUCAUUUUACUUAAAAAAUUUGAGAACGAACGAGACUCGAACUGUAACUCAGUUUCACUUCUUGACAUGGCCCAAAAGUGGAGUUCCACCGAAUACAAAAGCUCUACUCGAUUUUCGCAGAAAGAUCAAUAAAUCGUAUCGUGGACGGGCAGCCCCAAUCGUUGUACAUUGUACGGAUGGUAUCGGACGAACUGGUGCAUUCUGUCUGCUCGAUAUGAUACUGAAUCGAGUUACCAGAGGUGUAAAAGAACUGAAUGUAGCAGGUUCACUGGAGCAUUUGCGUGAUCAGCGUCCGGGUUUGGUGGAAACUUGCGAACAGUACAAGAUGGUAUUCGUCUGUUUAGCGGAAGAAAUUACUGCUAUUAUAGCUACAUUGUCAUAAUAAAACGCAAAGCAACAAUGACAAAAGCAGGAACAGGAAUAACAAUAACAACAGUAACAAUAAUACUUACGAUCACAAUAAUUUGGCCACAUUUACACCAAUAACACUAAAGAUUCUUUUUCCUUUUUGUUGUUCCUGGUUAAUAACUUGCAAACAAUGCUUGCUGAAAUUAUAAUCUAUUUUUUUCCUUUAUUUAUCACUGAUCUCCGUGGAUAUAUGACUCCAUUUUUUCUCUCUUACCAACAGCUGAAUACUAACAUAAUCGACAAAUGCUCGAUGGUAUAAUCAAAUGAAUGCCGUGUUACUAAGAUGAUAAAGCAAAAUUCAG